GCAGUUGCGUUUGGUGACAGUCGUUGGCUACACGCGGUGUAUAUAAGAAAUAAGAAAACAGUAAGAAAAAAUGACAAAUUUAGUGAAAAGUGACAAUCAGUAUGAAAAAUUAGAUGAUAAAAGACCUCAGUUUGGAAAUAGAAUUCUUUCUAAUGAAGAUAAUGUCUUUGAACAUAAUGCCUGGGACAAUGUAACUUGGGAUGAGGAACAAGAGGAAACUGCUCGACAAAAAGUCGCUGAAAAUUCAUCUAUUCUCGCAUCCUCUGAAUUGACAUUAAAAUAUGAAACCGAAGCUGGCAAUUAUUGGGAUAAAUUUUACGAAAUACAUCAAAAUAGAUUUUUUAAAGAUAGACACUGGCUCUUUACUGAAUUUGCUGAACUUUCACCUGGAACGGAAAAUAGUGACAAGAGAAUCGAAAGAAUUUUACCUGACAAUUCGAUAAGUCAAAAUGAAUUAAUCGGUGAUGGAAAAAUAAUUUUUGAAAUAGGUUGCGGUGUUGGAAACACAGUUUUUCCUCUACUUUUGUAUAACAAGGAUCCAAAUUUAUUUAUCUAUUGCUGUGAUUUUUCCAGCAAUGCUAUUGAAAUUUUGCAACAGAAUUCGGAAUUCGAUCCUUCAAGAUGUAAAGCUUUUGUCCUUGAUGCUACUCAAGAAAAUUGGUCGCCUCCAUUUCCAGAGGAAAGUUUGGAUAUUGUUAUUUUAAUAUUUGUACUUUCUGCAAUACAUCCAGAUAAAAUACAGCAUGUAAUAAAACAAAUUCAUCGAUACUUAAAACCUGGAGGAUUGGUUUUAUUCCGAGAUUAUGGACGAUAUGAUAUGGCGCAAUUGAGAUUUAAAAAAGGUCGCUGUCUUUCAGAAAACUUUUAUGCAAGAGGUGAUGGUACUCGGGUUUAUUUUUUUACCCAAGAGGAAAUAAGAGAAUUGUUUACUGGCUGUGGAUUCGAGGAGAAGCAGAAUCUGAUCGAUAGAAGAUUACAGGUAAAUCGUGGAAAACAGCUAACAAUGUAUCGAAUAUGGAUUCAAUGUAAAUUUCAAAAAAAAAUUAAAUAAUUUUUAAUUAA